AUGCAGCAGCUUUUUUAUCUUGGCGGAAGCGGUGCUCGUCAUCUCGGCAGUCGCGACGUCGAUACAUCUUCGUUCCAGUCCAUAGAUCAGCUCAAGUCCAGUCUGGGGCAGACUUUCAACUUUGCCAACCAUGCGUCUCUCGAGUUCUUUAGCAAAACCGGCGGGAAGCUAGAUACUCUGCAGGACGUCAGGAAACAUGGCGAGGCCGUUGAGCUGCGUCUCGACCAGAGCGGCUCCGUCCGCGAGCCUCCCGGCCCUAGAGGCCUGCCCGUCUUUGGCAACUAUUACGAGCUGUACCCGGAUCCCGUGGGCAACUUUGAUCGCCUCUUUGCUCGCUACGGCCCCGUCAUCAAGACCGUCAGCAUGGGCACUACCAUCUACCAGACCAACGAUCCGGACAUCUCGCGGUUCGUGCUGCGCGAAGGACACAUCUUCACCAAGAACACGUCGGAUCCUUCGCAUCCGCUGUUCUACAUGACGCAGCAGGACGCGCUCUUUACGUGCGACUCGGACUCGCCCGUCUUCGCAAAGGCGCACAAGUUUGUCCCGCCGGCGCUCUCUCCCCGCGCCGUGGCGCACCACACGCCGCUGAUCCAGGAUGCGGCCCGAUCCAUCUUCCCCGUGCUGGACCAUGUGGCCGACAGCGACCAGGCCUUCCACGUCUACCACUACAUGUUCAAGCUGGCGGGCCAGGUCAUCUGGCGCGUCGUGGUGAACCAAGACCUGCGCCAUUUCGACGCGCUCGACACGAAGCCGGCCAGGACGAUCCAGGUGCUGGGCGAGUGGCUUCAUCUGAUGAAGAAGCUGAGCCUGCGCCCCCAGUGGUACGGGAAGCUGCCCUUUGGAGAGCCCGCGCACCUGCGCGCCGCCAAGAACGAGCUCUGGGCCAGCGUGGAAAAGGCCGUGGACGAGUGCACCACGCAGGGAAGCGCGACGCUGCCGCUGAGCGACCCGGCCGCGUCUCUCCAGGCGUCGUGCAUGGCCGACUUCCUCGCGCGCGCGCGCGACGACAAGGGGGAGGGGCUGGCGCGGAACUUGCUCAUCUCCAACGUUGUCAUCCUGCUCGGCGCCGGCUUCACCACCAGCGCGUCGCUGCUCUCGUGGUGCAUCUACUCUCUGGUCCAGUACCCGGGCAACCAGGAACGGCUUCUGCAGGAGCUGGUGGACAACGGGGCUGACGGGGAGCGCAAGUGGACAUUUGACCAGGUCCACGCGCUCAAGUUCCUCGACUCGUUUGUCAAGGAAGUCCAGCGCAUGCACAACCCCAGCUUCCAGACGGCGCGCAACGCCAGAGAGGACACGGUGCUGCCCGGAGGCUACUUUGUGCCCAAGGGCUCCAUCGUGAUCCCCUGCUUCCCCAGCCUGCACAAGAAUCCGCGGUACUGGGACAACCCCCUCCGGUUCGAGCCGGACCGGUGGGCCGUGGACGGGAUUGCGGCCAAGAUGAACAGACAAGGGCUGUACACGCCGUUUGCGGCAGGGAAGCGCGGGUGCGUGGGCAUGAAUCUGGCCUUGAUGGAGGUCAAGACGGUGCUCGUUGAGCUGGUGUAUCGUUAUCACUUUGAGAAUGCGACCGAGGAGCCGGUCGUGUACGAUCCAGAGUUUUUGGUGACGCGUCCGAUUAACUUUUACGCGACUCCGAUGCGUCGAACAGUUUGGCCGUCACCAACAAAGACGGAAUAG